AUGGCCCAAAAAAAUGUUUUAAACGUGCCAAACCGCAAUUACCGCAUUUUAAACCUUAAUUACAUUGCGGUGCGCGUGCGAUCCGGAAAGGGAGGUUAUUACAAAAGGCUUUGGGAUCCUCCGGAUCCCGCACGGGCCAACUUUAUUUGCUUUAGGCAAAGCAGGGAACCACCCUUUGGGUAA